AUGAAAGGUCAAGAGACAAAUCAAGUCCAAGAUUUGAAUGAGAUACAGAAAAUGAGCCAAGAAAAAACUGAAAUGUUUGAAGGUGAUUUUUCAGAAGAAAGAGAGAAGAAAAAGCAGUUGGCAUCUGGUUUUAUUACUAUACAGAAGGCCUUGAAAGUUGAUAGUGAGGAAUUGCAAAAGUCAAAGUCGGAACUUGCAUGCCUUUAUAGUGAAAUUCAGAGCCUUCCAGGGGCACCAGAAGACAGAGACCAUUUUUUAAUAGCAUAUGACCUCCUCCAAAGAGAGAAUGCUGAGUUAGAAACAAAGAUCUUGAAGUUUUCACAAGAAUUGGAACAAUUAAAUCACUUUACUUUAGGGGGAAAAACUGCAACUGCUAAUUUAAUUACAAGUGAAAGUGCUUAUAAAGAUCUGUUGUUGAAAGUACCAAUUUUGGAAGUAGAGAUACAAAGUCCAAAGGAAGAGAGAAAAGAACUCUGUCCCGAAUUAGGAGAAAGUAAGCUGAAGGAAAUUCCAGAGGAGUCAGUAAAGGAGGGCACUUUUCCAAAAGAGGGGCAGAAGGAGGAGGACUCUCAACAGAAUCGAGAUACGAAAGAUGAAGAAGAGCAGUUGGCCAUGAAGCCUAAGGAAGUGGUCAGGCUUGGAGAAGAGGCGAGCCAUGUGAAUGAGAGCCUCCUUCAGUGUCAGAACUCUGGGGAUAGUUCAGAUGACAGUAGCAUCCAGUAUCUGUCAUCUGGAGAAAAAAUAAAAUGCGAGCCGCUAGAGGAAGUACAACAACUUCGCAAGAAUUUGCAUCGCCUCCAAAUUCUUUUCAACUCUGCUGAAAAAGAGCUUCGAUAUGAGCGAGAAAAGAACUUGGAUUUAAAGCAGCAUAAUAGCUUGCUUCAGGAAGAAAUCAUCAAGAUCAAAAUCGAACAAAAGCAGGCCCACCAGAAGUUACUAGACAGCACAAAGAUGUACGCCUCGCUCACUGCAGAAUGGAAGCACUGUCAGCAGAAGAUCAGAGAACUAGAGUUGGAAGGACUGAAGCAGGCUCAGAGCCUCAAAUCGCAGAACCUUCUGCAGGAAAAGCUAGCUCAGGAGAAAUCUAAAGUUGCCAGUGCAGAGGAAAAGAUUUUGGACCUGCAGCAGAAAUUGGAACAAGCUCAUAAAGUCUGUCUCACAGAUACCUGUAUUUUGACAAAGAAAAAACUAGAGGAAAAGAUCAAAGAUGCAAUAGAAAAUGAAGCUGAGUUAAGGCAACAGUAUCAGGAAGAACAACAGAAGAGGAAGCUCCUAGAUCAUACUGUAAAUGAGCUACAAAGGAAAGUGAGAACCUUACAGGAUGAAGACAGUCAAUUGAAAAUGACCGUGGCUCAGCAACAGGAGGCCCUGCUCAACCAACUGGAAAAUGAAAAAAAAAAAUCUAAUGAGCAUAUCAAGAGCAAUCAGGAAUUGUCAGAGAAGCUGUCGGGAUUACAGCAAGAGAAAGAAGCUCUAUGGGAAAGAUGUGUGCAAUUUUUGGAGCAGUUUGAUGAGCAUGUGAGAAACCACUCUGAGAAGCAUCACCACAAAGCCAAGCUUCGAAAGAUCAAGGAUCAUCUAGUUCAUGAAGUAGAAAUACGAAAUAAGAGAAUUAAACAACUUGAAGAAGAAGCUGGACUCCUGCAACAAAAAAUUGAGACGGAGAAGGCAUUCCAGGCCCAGAUCACGGUCCAAAAUGAUAAUCUGAUCAUAGAAAAAAGGGAGCUUCUGAAGCAAGUCAUGGACCAAGAAGAAAUAAUCCGCAACAACAAACAAAUAAUCUCAUCAGUCAAGAGCAAAGCACUUUUCCUGGAUAAAGAAAAUAAGCAAUUACAGGAAAAUCAUUUCCGGCUCAUGCAGCAAGUUAGCUUCUUAGAGCGCAUUAUAUGGAACAUCCAGAUUCGCAGAAAAGAGGAAGCAACAAUUAGUGACAUCCCUGGACUUGAUGUACUAAAGAAAAUAUUGCCUUUUCCAGGAUCUAGGUUAGUAAAAUCAAUAGAGUAUUCUGCAUGCCCGAGAGGCAUAGCUGUUAACUAG